CAAUACACACAAACAAAGCUUCCUUAUUUACUUGCCUAGUUUUGUUUUUAUCUUUCUCUCAAGAACCCCUGGGUAGGUAGCUUAAUUUCUUUCUUUGUUCUAGCGAUCGCCACACUUUGUUAGCUGUAUAGAAAAAAAAAAAAGAAUUGUUUCAUUAAUUUGUCAUCGAAACCAAACAGAGUUUUUGCAAUGGAUAGGGUGAGAGACUUGGCAUCGACAAGGGCUGCAGUUAUCUUCACCAAGAGCUCAUGUUGCAUGUGCCAUAGCAUCAAGACACUUUUUUACGAACUUGGUGCAAGCCCUGCAAUUCACGAGCUCGACCGCGACGCCAAUGGAAGGGAAAUGGAGGGGGCUUUGAGAGGCCUGGGAUGUAAUCCCUCAGUCCCGGCUGUGUUCAUAGGAGGAAAAUAUGUAGGCUCCGCAAAAGAUGUCUUAUCCCUGCACUUGGAAGGCUCACUGAAGCAAAUGCUCAUAGAUGCCAAGGCAAUUUGGUUCUAGUACCUUAUCUGAAGCAACUAUAAUAUUACUACUUUCAUGUUUAUGUUGAGAACAAUGAUGCAUUAAGGGCUUUCCAUUUUGUUUUUCCUCCUGACUACAUUGUAUGCAAAAUGUAAUAAUAUACUCUUAUCAAAAUAGACUAUAGAGUUCCGAUUA